AUGCAGCCGCACUUCCCUCUGAAUCUUGCAGCUGUCUUUCCACCCCAUUCUUUCCAUCUUUCCACCUCUUUGCUGACCACAUUCUUUUCUGUUGUCUGCGCUUACUUUAUCCUCAACUCCCUUUCUUCACCUCCGUUCUACUUGUCUCUCCCUUCCUCCCCUCCGUCCCUUCCUCCUGUUCCUCUUCCCCUCCCCACCGCAGCAGCACCCUGCAGCUCUCUCGCUUACCUUCCUCCCCUCCUUCGCUAUAAUGCUCAACAACCCUCCCACCCUUCCCUCCCACCCUUCACUCCCACCAUCCCCCCUACUCCCCAUCCCCAACCUCCACCCCCACCACCCCAGCAGCUCCACGCAGAUCUCUUCGCGCUCACCUUCCUCUGUGACGUCUCUCCACCCUUCGCCCUCCACACUCUCCCCCUCCUCUCCCUCGCUCUCCCCGCCUCCCCACUACCAUCCCUGCCCCUCUGCCUCAAACGCCAUCUGCACCGCUUCUCACAACUGCCUCUCCCACAACAAGCCAAACAGCCUGCAUUUAAACGAAAAGCACAUAGGAAUCAAGCAGAGGUGGAUGAGCAUGUGGGGGGGAAGCAGCCGCAGCAGCAUUCAGAUGGUUCUCCUGCUGCCCAUGCACUGCUGCACCCACACUCCUUGCCUCCACACACACUGCCUCCACACACUUUGCCGCCACUGGCCCUACACACGCCUCUUUUCACAUCCUCCUCCUACAUGCCACAUGUCAGCCGCCCAUUGGCCCGGUGGAGCGGGGAUUUGGAGGGGGAGGAGGGGGUGCGGGUGCGAGUGGCAGCAGUGGUGGUGAAGUGCCUGGCGGGGCACGAGGAGAAGGUUGUCAGGCUCGUGGCGUGGCAGGUGAGGAGAGGAAUGGGAGGGGGAGCAGAGGGAUGGGAGGGGGAGCAGAGGGAUGGGAGGGGGAGCAGAGGGAUGGACGCGAGUUUGGGAAGUGGGGUGGAUGGGAGGGGAGAAACGAGGAGCACAUGUGCGGCAGCAGCAGUGGUGGUGGCUGUCUGCCUGCUCUCUGCCUUCCCCUGUGCCCCGUGGUCCCCACUACUGCGAUCGUGGGUGUGUGCGCUGCAAGCACAGCUUGGCUGA